AUGCUGGGCUGGUGUGAAGCAAUAGCCUGUAAUCCUCGCAGGAUUCCUAACACCACUAGGACCCCAGAGGGCUCAGAAGAGUGGGCUGAUACCUCGCAAGCCUCCACACUGAAUGACAAAUCCCCAAGACGAUCUGCAAGUCGAUCAAGUAAUAUUUCAAAAGCCAGCAGUCCAACAACUGGGACAGCUCCCAGGAGCCAGUCAAGGUUGUCUGUCUGUCCAUCCACUCAGGACAUCUGCAGAUCUGCCAUCUCACAUGACAUGUCAGGAGCCUCACUUGAGCACAGCACAUCUGUCACAGUGCUGAGCCCUGCUAGGCAGGAGCCUGGUAAGAAACCAGUAACACAGAAGUCUAGGAGGAGGAGGCGGGCAUCUCAGAGGUACGAGCAUGCCCAAGAACAGGGGAGAGGGAUAAGAAGCGACUUUCACCUCCACGUUCCCAGCCCCCGAUACAGUGAGACCGACACAGAUUCUUCAGACUCAUCUUCCACCCGUGAGAGUCACUGGAUUCAGGCAAAGAGAAGAGCCCAAGUGAAGUUCCGCCUGUCGCGGAGAAGAAGGAGAAAUAACAAAACAAGUGGAAAGCUGGAUGAGUCUUCUGCUCCUAAUGAAAUCAAUCCAGUACAUUUGAGAUCCAAAGAUAGAAAGCACACGGAGCUGACCAGCUGUGAGAGCUGCUCUUUAAACCUGCACAGAGCAAAAGGCACAACGUAUGAAGGAUGUGGUGUCCCCCUGUCGAGAGGGUCCUCUGAGAGUAAAAGACCCUCAAGGAAGCAACAGGAGAGCAGAGGUGGGGACCACCACAGGGAUCCUCAACUCCAACGUCGGUGUGGGCAAGAUGAAACAACAGUCAAGAGAAGAUUUUCGGGGACUGAUUCCAGCACUGAAAUGCUGGCGGUCAAAGGUGGCAAGUCUGCUGGUGAUGCGGGGUUCCAGGAGCCUCCUGCCACGGACCAUGACGGGUCUGAUCAUUUACAAGCAUGCAGGAUCUGUCACUGCGAAGGGGACGAGGAGAGCCCGCUCAUCACGCCCUGCCGCUGCACAGGCACCCUACGCUUCGUGCACCAGGCCUGUCUGCACCAGUGGAUCAAGAGUUCUGACACACGCUGCUGUGAGCUGUGCAAGUAUGACUUCAUCAUGGAGACCAAGCUCAAGCCUCUGCGGAAGUGGGAGAAACUGCAGAUGACCACAAGCGAAAGGAGGAAAAUCUUCUGCUCCGUCACUUUCCACGUCAUUGCCAUCACCUGCGUGGUCUGGUCCUUGUACGUGCUGAUAGAUCGGACGGCAGAGGAGAUCAAGCAGGGAAAUGAUAAUGGUGUCCUCGAAUGGCCAUUUUGGACAAAGCUGGUUGUGGUGGCCAUCGGCUUCACAGGAGGUCUGGUCUUCAUGUAUGUACAGUGCAAGGUCUACGUGCAGCUGUGGCGCAGGCUGAAGGCCUACAACCGCGUGAUCUUCGUGCAGAACUGCCCAGACACCGCCAAGAGGGCGGAGAAGAACCACUCUUGCACCGUGAGCAUGGACACCAAGGACUCUGGGGCGGUGCCCGCACUGCAGACAGGGACCACCGCACGGCCACCAGCGGAGGCUGGCCCCACUGAGCUCAUACCCGUGUGA